GCGGGGCUGUUUGGAUGUGGAAGCAGAGCCCUGAAACGGGGGCUCAGCCCUGAGAGAUGGAUCGGUACCUACUCCUAGUGACCUGGGAGGAAGAAAAAGUCCCGUCAGCGGCGGGUGCUGUGGCGGAGCAUGGGCCAGGGGCUUCGUCCUCUGAGGGUACCGAGAAACAGCCAGACUUAAGAGCAGCAAGUGUUUAUCACCUCCUGAAAAGAAGCAUUAAUGCUUCAAUUAAUCCAGAAGAUAGUACCUUCCCUGGCUGUUUGGUAGGCGGUGUACCAGGUUCCAGGAAGUGGUUCUUUGCAGUGCAGGCAAUAUGUGGAUUUUAUCAGUUUUGUAGUUCUGACUGGGAAGAGAUACAUUUUGGUGUGGAAAAAGAUGAAAUUGAAGAUGUUCUUCAAAGAAAUAUCGAAGAAUGUUUGAGUGCUGUUGAGUGUUUUGAGGAAGAAGAUAGUAAUAGCAGGGAAUCAUUACCCUUGGCUGAUCUAUAUGAAGAAUCUGCGGAAAAUUUGCAUCAGUUAUCAGACAAACUUCCUGCUCCUGGUAGAGCAAUGAUAGAUAUAAUACUGUUGCCUUCUGACAAAGAUCUGCCUAAAUUGAGAGACUGUUUGCCUACUGUAGGAGCAUUAAAACAUUUGAAGGAAUGGUAUUCAGCAAAAAUUACCAUAGCAGGAAAUCACUGUGAAACAAGUUGUCAGAAAAUUGCCGAAUACCUUUCUGCUAACAUUGUAUCUUUACAAGAUCUCAGAAAUGCUGUUGAUUCAAAGGAGUUAUGGAGGGGAAAGAUUCAGAUAUGGGAAAGGAAGUUUGGAUGUGAAAUUAGUUUUCCUGAAUUUUGUUUAAAGGGAGUCACACCUAAGAAUUUUAGUACAUCUAAUUUAAAAACUUGCUUUCUUGACAAAAAGAUAAUACCAUCAAAGGAUAAGAGUAUUUUGCCAAAGGUUUUUCAUUAUUAUGGCCCUGCUUUAGAAUUUGUGCAGAUGAUAAAAUUAUCAGACCUACCUUCCUGCUAUAUGUCAGACGUUGAAUUUGAGUUAGGACUGACAAAAAACAAUACCAAACAGAAUUCCAAGUUGCUGUUGGAGCAGAUUUCUUCCCUGUGUGGCAAGGUUGGUGCUCUUUUUGUAUUGCCAUGUACCAUUAGUAGCAUACUUAUUCCUCCUCCCAGCCAGCUCAGUUCAAGAAAAUGGAAGGAGUAUAUAGCUAGAAAGCCUAAGACAAUCAGUGUUCCAGAUGUUGAAGUGAAAGGAGAGAGUUCUAGCUAUUAUCUCUUGUUACAAGGUAAUGGCAACAGAAAGUGUAAAGCCACAUUGAUUCACUCAGCCAACCAGAUCAAUGGCUCAUUUGCACUCAGUUUAAUUCAUGAAAAGAUGAAAGCAAAGACAGAAGAAACCAAAUUGAGCUUUCCUCUUGACCUCUUGUCACUUCCAAAUUUCUCUGGGGAGCAACUUAUACAGAGAGAGAAACAGUUAGCUAAUGUUCAGGCUUUGGCUUUGAAAGAAUGUCUGAAAAGGAGAAAGUUAGCAAAGCAGCCGGAAGUACUUUCUGUGGAUGAACUCAAAAGUCUAUUAAUACUCACAAGGGAAUGCUUUUUUGAUCAUUUUGAUGCUAUUAUCCCUAAAACAAGUCUAGUAAAGACAGACAACACCUCCAAUAUGUUAAAUGAUUCCAAUCCAGUGGAACCUAUUUCUUCAAGUCUAGUGGAAACCAAUCCUCUGGAGUGGCCAGAAAGGCAUGUUCUUCAAAAUUUGGAAACUUUUGAAAAAGCUAAACAAAAAAUGAGAACUGGUUCAUUACCUCGUUCAUCUGAACAGUUACUGGGCCACAAAGAGGGUCCACGGGAUUCAGUCACAUUAUUGGAUGCUAAAGAAUUGCUGAAAUUCUUUACCUCAGAUGGAUUGCCUAUUGGAGAUCUUCAACCUUUACAGAUUCAAAAAGGGGAAAAGACUUUUGUCCUGACACCAGAACUUAGUCCUCGGAAACUUCGGGGUUUACCUUUUGAAAAAGCCUCAGUAUGUCAUUAUCAUGGAAUUGAAUAUUGCUUGGAUGACCGAAAAGCAUUAGAAAGAGAUGGGGGAUUUUCAGAACUUCAGUCUCGUCUUAUUCGUUAUGAAACUCAAACUACAUGCACCAGAGAAAGUUUUCCAGUACCUACGGUACUGAGCCCUCUUCCGUCUCCAGCGGUUUUGUCAGAGCCCGGAAGCGUCCCUGAUGGAGAAACUUUACAAAGUGAACUCCGGACUGAAGUCUCCCGAGUAAAAAGGAGAUCAAAAGAUCUGAACUGCCUUUAUCCCCCCAAAAGACUUGUGAAAUCUGAAAGUUCAGAUUCUCUUCUUUCUCAGAGAAGUGGCAGUACUAAUCAUCAUCAUCAUGCAGUGACAUCCGGAAAGCCACGGGCAGAGAGAUCAUUAUCUGUGACUUGUCCAUCUCUUCCCGUUCUUAGCAACGAAACUCCCAAAGUCACUACAAAUGCCAGUUCAGGUCAAAAAAGGGUGCAUGAAUCAAAAACAUCACGGCCCACUAAGGAAUCAAGAUCACAGAAACACACACGGAUAUUGAAAGAAGUAGUUACUGAAACCCUGAAGAAACACAGGAUUACUGAGGCUCACGAAUGUUUCACAGCUUGCAGCCAACGUCUCUUUGAGAUCUCGAAGUUCUAUCUAAAGGAUCUUAAAACUUCAAGGGGCCUAUUUGAAGAGAUGAAGAAAACAGCAAGCAACAAUGUUGUACAGGUGAUUGAAUGGGUAUUAGAAAAGACAAACAAGAAAUAAGACAGAAUCAUUCUCUUUGGAUAAUUAUAAAUUGGACAGAGCUAUUAUUUACUUUUUCCUUCCAUAGUUUGCAAAUUACAAACAAAUUUCAAACUUUAUUCAAAGAAUAGAUGUUACAUCUCUAAAGAAUUUCAUAAAUAUCCUACAUUUAUAUAGUUUCGAGGUUGCUCAGUUACUGUAUUUUUAAUUGUAUACUUAUUUUAUAGUUUUACUAUAUUUUAAUUUUUUAAGUUAAUAUUUUUAUAUAUGUUUACAAAUUUUACUCUUGCUUAUUUAAUUAUUCCAAUAAAUAGAAAAAGAUAUUUCUUUACUUCUUGGUAAAUGUCUUUGUUGUUAGGCCUAUUUAAAUUAAUGAGUCUUAGGUAAGACAUUUCCAGUGGUUUUUCUCAUGUGUUCCAAUAGCAUGAUUUAUUGGACGGCCCCUGAUUUAGAAAAUAUUGGCAAGAAAAUUCACACAGUUAGCCAUGUUCCCUUACCCCUGCCCUAGAGCCACCACUGUUGGAGCUAUUCUUGUUUAUUUGGGAUCAAAAAUGAAGAAAGAGCAAAACUUAUGAAAAUAAGACACAGUGAAAAUGACUAAGUACAGACUCCCAGAAAAAAUAUAUCUUUUCCCAUGGUAGAAAAUCUGGAAAAUACAAAAAAGAG